AUGCGACGGUAUAAUAUAGUCGCAUCGAGCCUCUUUCCGUCGAUGAUUUCGCAAAUGACAACGUCUACACGUGUCAAGAAUGCAAAAGUCCUCGACAUUGUGUACGACGUGUGUGCGUGUGUAUUGGCGCUACUAUUCGGUGCUGUGCUUAUGAAGCUGUUGCGCGAUUAUACGCGAAGAAAAGGCUACAUUGAGAUCCAGCAGGAUGACCGUGGCAUGUACUCAAGAGUGCUUAUGGAGACAUCGGAUUCAUGGGAACACGUGUCUGUCGUGACGCAUGACGCAGCUGUUUAA